AUGCUGUCAGAAAACAGCAGCAACCUCCCCGCCGACACCACAAACCCCUUCAUGUCCAAAUCCGCCCUCUCGCCCUCCAAGUCCCGCGUCUCCCCCGACUCGUCUCUCGCUUCUCUCCGCCAAGGCAUGGGCCGUAUGGAUAUCUCUUCCAAAGGCUCUUCCGGCCCCUACUUGACAGAGACCCGCGAGCGGAAAGAGUCGAAAGACACCACCCGGCGCGAACUCGACCGUUUUGUCCCUUCCCGCCCCGCCUCCCUCGCGCACAGCUCGCACUCGGGAUCUGCGAUGCCGACGUUGGCUAUGGACGCUGCGACGCCGGAUGGGUCAAUGGAUACGGGCUUGUCGGGGGGGCAUGACCAGUCGACGUCGAGUCUGCAAGCGAGCUUGGGGAUCAACAAUGGUAAUCGCCGUAUCCUCUCUUUCCGCGCCCCUCCACCUCCCUCAUCGCGUGCGACGUCCCACCUCGAUGCCCAGCGAAACUACCUCCUCCAGUCUUCCGCCUCCGCCAACAGAGGCGGCAGUACGGCGCCGGGGAAAGAGACCAAGAAGAGGGCGCCGCCGUAUAUGCCAGAGAGGGUACUGGAUGCGCCCGGGUUUCAGGAUGAUUAUUAUCUGAAUUUGAUCGAUUGGAGUUGUGCAAAUAGGGUGGCUAUUGGGUUGGGAGACAUGGGGUAUGUUUGGGAUGCGGAGACGGGGGAUGUGAGUGCUUUGGGGAGCGGUGUGGCUGAUGAAGAGGAACCCAACCCCGUCACGGCUGUCUCCUGGUCCAACGACGGCGCCUACCUUGCCCUCGGUCUUGACUCUGGCGAAAUCCAAAUUUGGGACGUCGAAGAGAACAAAAAGAUGCGCACGAUGAAGGGCCAUCAAGCGCGUAUCCCCACCCUCGACUGGCACGGGCACGUCCUCACUUCUGGUUGUCGAGACGGAAGUAUUUAUCACCAUGAUGUGAGAGUCGCAAAGCACAAGGUGCAGGAGCUGGUGGGGCAUAAUGCGGAGGUUUGUGGGUUGGCUUGGAGGCCGGAUGGACAGUUUUUGGCGAGUGGUGGGAAUGAUAAUGUCGUCAACUGCUGGGACGGUCGAAUCGGCGCGUCUGUGCUGCAGACGGACGAGGGCACCCCCCGCGGCGUCGCCAAAUGGACCAAACGCAACCACACCGCCGCCGUCAAAGCCAUCGCCUGGUGCCCCUGGCAAUCCUCCCUCCUCGCCACCGGCGGCGGCACCGCCGACAAACACAUCCACUUUUGGUCCACCUCCACCGGCGCGCGUACCGCCUCCCUCUCCACUUCCACCCAAGUCACCUCUUUAACCUUUUCGCCGCAUAGCAAAGAGAUACUGGGUACGCAUGGGUAUCCGGAUAAUACGCUGACGCUGUGGAGUUAUCCGGGGUUGGAGAAGGUGUGGGAGGUGCCGGCGCAUGAUUCGAGGAUCAUCAGUUCGGCGUUGAGCCCGGAUGGGACGACGCUUUGUACGGGGGCGGGGGAUGAGAAUCUUAAGUUUUGGAAGGUGUGGGAGCCGAAGGCGGUGAAGAAGGAUAGGGAUGAGGGGGAUAGUGGGGGUGGGAGGGGUAAGACGGCUGUGAGGAUUAGAUAG